CUUUGGAAGAAUUAUUCACUACUGAAUGGCAUCAACCUCAGCCAAUCCUUAAGCUUUUCCUCCAUGAGACACUGAAAUUUACUCCACCUUGAGUAAACCUUUGGAGGAAAUUCAGCAUACUUAUCAUACUUCCGUCUAUACGCACUGAUUAUCUUUGCAAAAUGUCAACCGGCUGUAGCCAGUUAUAGUUGCUAAAGUCCAAGUCAUAUAUGCAUCCUAAAAAUCAGUUUUUACAGCAUGUUACCAAAUGUCAUUCUGGAAAGCAAACUGCUAAAACAGAGGCCCACUGGUUUUGUAAAUAAAUAGCAUUCAACUUCACUGUAUGAGCUACUUCGACGACAUGUCAACAAGCAUGAAGUACACGCCUUAAAGGUAAUAUUUACUUAUGGUGUUGUGCUGAAAGUGCUGUGAGGGAGACCAAAAAGGAAAAGAGCAGACUGUCAUUCUGAGCAGAAGAGGUCUGUCUGGUUGUGGAGUAUGUGUGUUAGUGAAUGUUAGUCUAAUGCUGGAUAUUUAGGAGGAAUGGCAUGACUGGGCCUUUGACUUAAGCAACAGGAUCAAACUCAAGAAGUUUUGUCAGCAGCGAUGGCUUCCCUUGGGCACAUCAUCUUCUGCAGCAUGAUUACUCUCAUCGUCUUAUUCUCGGCCAUCAUCAUCCUCAUCUUAGCCUUGACGUUCUCAAGAACUUUUGUGCAAGGAAGAUUGAAAAAGUCUUCGUCUGAAGUGAUGAGCCUCAGCACGUUUCCCAUUGCCAGCCUUGGUGGGGAUGCGCUUCUUAGCUGCUAUCUUCGCAAAAAAAGUGAACAAGCCACACUCAGCAAAGUGUCAGUCACCUGGGAGAAGGAAGGACUGGAGGGACUUGUUUACCAGUACAAUAAUGGAGCUCCUGAUCUCGGGGACCAGAACUCACAGUUUAAAGGGAGAACUCAGCUCUUCCCUGAUGUUUUAGUCACAGGGAAUGCCUCUUUGCUGCUGAGGGAUGUGAAACAGAGUGACGAGGGUGUGUACACCUGCAGCAUCAGCUCCUCUGAUGGAGGAGGAAAUGUCAACAUUCAUCUCAGAACAGCAGCCUUUUCAGCGCCCACAUUCACACUCUCAAAUGACAUCCUGACUGCUGAAGCAAAAAGCUGGUUCCCUAAACCAACUGUGACAUGGUUGGACGGAAAUGGCAGCGUUCUACAAGGAACCACACAACUGACAGAAAAUUCUGCAGGGAUAUUCAGUGUAAUCAGCACACUGCAGCCAGUCAAUGUCAGCGACACUUACACCUGCACCAUUGAAAAUAACUUGGUGAUCUCCUUCUCUAAGGCAACUAUUACAGGCUCUCAAGUUUCAGAGAGCACACACAUCACCUACAGCACUGCAUCAUCCCUGCUGGCAUCAACUUUCCUGCACAUUGUGACCGGCAUCCUCUGCAUCUAUUAUCUGACCUAAAAACAAAAACACUCUCUUUCUCUCUCUCUGGAUCUGAGUGUCAAUCUCUUUAUGUGCGCAUGUGUUGUAGUCAAUGACAGGAUUUUCCAGAAUUUUACAUUAAGUAAUGAGUACAUAAAAGCAGUUCUGUCAGAUUAUGUCAGUUAAAUUAUUUCAGUGGGUGUUUUUUUUUGUACGUAAGAGAAUUUAAGCCUGUGGUGCUUUUUCUCAGUUAACUUACACAUUACAUUUCCCUUCACUUUCUCAAAUGUAUGUGUAUGUUUUAAAUAAAAGCUUCAUCUUCAUCGACAUUUUCAGUAAAGAUUUUUAAAGUCCAA